AUGCCUCCAAAACGAAAAUCUACUACAGAAAGCCAGAUUGCUGCUAAAACGGCCAAGAAAGGAGGACCACCACCAGAUGCCAAGUAUUCUGUCAAUGAUACUGUUAUGUGCAAAUAUGGAAACGUCUUUUAUGAAGCCAAGAUUUUAGCGAUUGAUCCAGAUGACGGAUAUUUUAUACAUUACCAGGUACUAUUUUUAUUUUUUGUUUAUUCUUCUAGAUUUAUAACAAAGGUUUCACAGCUAAUUGAUUGGUAGUUUUAAUCCUUAGAAGCGGAAGAAAGUUGUUUAUUGCUGUAAAUUUAAGAAUCGAUUAUAAUUCUAUUGCUUUUCAGGGGUGGAACAAGCGAUACGAUGGGUUUGUUGGAUUCACAGAAUCAAAUACUCGCUUCAAAACGUACGAUCAAGAUGAAAUAAAGAAGAUAAAGGUAAAAAAAAAUAUUUGUAUUAUUAAUUUGUUGUUUAGGAACAAGUUUCUAAAGAAAAGUCGGCUACUCCGAAGGCGAACAAGCCUAAAGCUACGCCUAAAACAAAAGAACGAUCUCGAAAUACCUCAACGAUCUCCGAAGAUGAUGUGAAACCUCAAGAGAAAGUCGUCGGUUCAAAGCCUCGAAUUUCUUCAAGAACUGCCGAAAAGCAAAAGCCUGAUUGUAAGUUUUGAAAAAACGUAGUUUUUAAUUAAUUAGUUGGUAUUUUGACUAUAUGAUGUUAUUAUCUGUGCUUUAAUGUUUCUAGUUGGCUCUUCGCGGACUCCGAAGAGCAAAAAAGAAGAAAACAGUUAUAAUGGGAACAUAGUAACACCAACAGCGAAAAAACGAACAGAUGUUACAAUUAAACUGGAAUCAGGCACAAAAUUGAUCGGACCAGAUUUGGCUGAGAUGCUGACAGAUGAACAAGAGAUGAUAACAAGACGAUACCGGCUUCCUAGAACGCCAGCCGAGAAGACAGUUUACAAUUUGUUUGAAAAUGUAAGUUAAUUUUGAGUUUUCUUAUAUUUUGAGUACCAAGCAAGGUAUUUUUUAAUUGUGUAUCAGUAUUGAUGUGGGACAGAAAUAAUAUUUAAAGAGAAAAUUGCUUUUUACAUAUAUACAACGAAGUAAUUUUAGUACUGUAAGCACCACAAUACACAAUUAACGAAAAUGGAUAAGAUGAUGGAUUUGUCAAAAGCAAAGAAUCUGGUCGAACCAACUCAUAUUAAUCGAGUAGAUUGUUGUGCUGGCCUCAUCAAUAUGUUUGAGAUAUGCGUGACUAGUGUUCUGAUCUAUCCGUUUGAGAAGGAGCACAUCAAGACAAUAAUAGAAAACGAAACAGAAGGAGAAGGUAAGUUUUUUGUUUUUUUAAUGGUUAUUAUGUCACAAAGCGAUCACAAUAUUUGAGCUUUCUAUAGGCAAUUUUUUUAGUCUGAUGCAAUGUUAAUUGAGUCAAUACCUAUAGGAUUUUGCCAAUUUUUAGACGAAAACCGACUUCUCCGACUGUCAAAGUUCUUGGGCGUGACGUACUUGUUGAGGAUGCUCUCCAGAAUCCACGAGAUCAUCGAGAAGACCGACAUUCCAGGCCAGAACGCCAAGGUGGUCAUGGAAGUGUGCUACGAUUUGGCCAGGUAUCUUGGUGACCAUCUUGAAAAGUAUUUCGUAGCGGAUUCUUAUUAUGUUCAGCCUGCUAGCGAUUACAUUCGUCGCAAUUCCAACUUGUCAUAA